AUGGACCAAGAAGUAAUAAGAUGCUUCCCAUCAGUUAUUUCAAAAAAUAUAGGAAGUUUUAAUAUAGAAUUAUUUGAUUUUCCAAUUAUUCCAAUUGAGUGCAAGUUUCAUUUUAGAAUAUUUCGACAAACAGCAAAUCUUGAGAAUAUUAAGGUACACAAAGAAUAUUUAGAAAAGAAAUUGAAACAGCAAGAACAAGAAUUAGAAGAACAUAUGAAACAAUUUAGUGAAGAUACACAUAGAAUAGUAGUAAAUUAUGUUAAGGAUAGUAUAGAACCAAUAAUAGAUAUUUUAAAAGAUUCAAAUAAGAAACGUUUAGAUAAUUUAAUAUUAGAUCAAAUGAAAGAAAAAGCAUUAAGAAAAAUAAGAAAUAAAGGUAAUAAGGAUAGUUUAGAAUUAAUAGAUAAGGCACAGAUGAGAUUUGAACGUAAUUUACAAUUAAAAUUCCAAUUAGAUAAGUUACAUCAAAGACUGAAUGAGAAUAUGCCACCACCAGCUCUAAAUAUAAUGGAUAAGUUACAAUUUCGUAGUAAAGAAUUAAGAUUUCCACCUCAAGUAAAUAAUAAAGUAUUAGGAUUAACAGAUGAAGAAAGAAGAAUUUUAAAUUAUGGACCUAAAUUUGUACCUGAGAAUCUAAAACAAGCUUUAAAUAGAUUAGAAGAAGAAAUUAGUGUAAUGAAGGAUAAGGUAGCUGAAGCAUGGAGAAGAGAAACACAUACGAUAGAUAAGAAUUCAAUUCUAGUAGAACAAUUUGCCAAUAGAUUAGAAGAAGAAUUAAGAAAUAAGAUAAAUGAAGGAAGAGCACAAGACCUAAUAGUAGAAAAAGCCUUAGAACGUUUUCAAAAGGAACAAAAAAAGGGUAAGGUUAUUUUCAGACAAACAGAUAAAUCCAAAGUAUUUCAUGUAGAUAGACCUGAGACAUACAUCCAGAAAUCAAUAGCUUAUAUGAAGAAAACAGAUGCUUAUGAAGAGAUAGAACAAUCCCCAUUAAAUAGUAUGAUAGAAAAAACAGAAGAAUUGUUAAGAAAUUUAGUAAAUAGAAAAUUAUUACCCGGGAAAUAUUUUGAGAAAUUAAAACCAAAUCCAGCAGAUGCCGAGUUACCACAUCUUUAUUAUAAUCCAAACGAUCAUAAAGUAGGAGAACCACUUAGACCAAUUGUUUCUGGGAUGAAAUCACCAACACAAAAAAUCUCGGCUUUUCUUGAUCAAAUUAUACGACCCAUUUUUGAUAAACUAACCCCACAUAGUUUAAGAAAUAGUAUAGAAUUUUUAAAACAUUUAAAAAAACAUGGGACAACAGACCAGACUCUUUUAUAUACCUUUGACAUAACAGAUGUAUAUACAAUGAUACCCCAACAAGAAUCAAUCUUAGCCAUUUGUGAGAUGUUAGGUGAAAGAUGUUUACAAAAAGGUGGAAAACUUGGUUUAUCUGAAUAUAAAGAUGUACGUCAAUAUUUUUGUGAAGCUUCAUCAACACGAUUAAUAUAUAUCUAUAUACCAACUGUUUUUGGAAAUAUAGCAGAAAAAAAUAUUAAUUAUUUAAAAACAAUGAAGGACUGUACAUCAAUACAUGCUGUUCUUUUUUCAUUAUAUCAUGGUGAUCUAAAUUUAUCGUUCAAACAACAUUUAGAAGAAUAUGAUGAGAAUUUAAAUAAUGUAUGUAUGCAUCUUCUGGAUAUUUGUUCAGAUAAGAAAGAUGUACAUCAACAAAAAAUAUGGCUAAGUCCCUAUCCACCAAAUAUGAAAUUAAGUAAUGUCGAAGAAAAAAUUUUGAAUAAAAUAAUUCGACAUACAAAUAAAAUUACUGGUGAAAAUGGUUUUAAAACAUUUAAUCGAAAUUAUAUUUGGGACAAGACUCAUGAUGAUUUAUUAAUAAAAGGUUCACAUUAUUUUUCACCACGAGGCAUUCGUUUAAUUACUCAAUUAUUUGCUGAAAUUAUUGGCAAAAAAUGGCAUCGGACAAUGCCUAAAUAA